AUGAUCAAUAAUUAUAUUUUGUGUAAUUUACAAAAAACUUCACCAAAGGACCCGACGUUCAGUCCAAAAAAAAGACAAUUCUCAGGUUCAGAUAAAGAAAAUGAAAAGUUAAAGAAACUUACCGAAGGACAAAGAGAAAUUGCUGCCGAGAGAGUAAAGAAAUAUUGUAUAAUAGAAACAAAUUAUGACAAUUUAGAAGCUGAAAAUAAACGACUACAAGAAAGAAUUAAAUUUUUGGAAGAGCUUAGAGAAGUACAAAGGUUAGAAGAAAAUCAUAAUAGAACAAUGCAACGAGAGAGUUUGAGAGCAAGAAUGGAAAAUAUAAGAACUAGUUUAGAAAGUUCGGAAAAUGUUGUUUCUAGUGAAAUGGUUAAAUCAAAAUACUCAUUAACAUCUUUAAAUUUGUCACAUUCUCUUUAA